AGGCACUUGACCCUUGGUGUAGCUUCUGUUCAACUUUAUAUCACGGGAAUGGAUUGGUCUGAUUUCUUGGCCCUCAUCUUAAAUUGGCCAUAUUCAGGGUCCCUGGCCAGUGGACUGAAGGCUUUGUCUAAGAUGACAAGGGUCAGCUCAGGGGAUGUGGGGGAGGGCGCUUUUAACUUCCCCGUUGUCGUUUGAGGUUUUGAUCUCUGGGUAAAGAGGCCAUUUAUCUUUGUAAACACAAAACAUUUUGCUUUCUCCAGUUUUCUGUUAAUGGCGAAAGAAUGGAAGCGAAUAAAGUUUUACUGAUUUUUGAGACACUAGCACCUAGCGCUUUCAUUAUUGAAACGUCCUGCGUGGGAGGGGCGGGUCUGGGUGCGGCCUGCCGCGUGACUCCUGGGUCGCAUGCCCACGUGGCUGGGGCGGGGCUUGGGCGCCCGAGGCGCAUACUGAUUACGUAGCGGGCGGGGCCGGAAGUGCCGCUCCCUGGUGGGGGCUGUUCAUGGCGGUUCCGGGGUCUCCAGCAUUUUUCCCGGUGGACGUCCUAAAUCCUUCUGAAGCGGGGGCAGAGGAGCUUGAGGUUCUUGCUGGUGUGAAAUGACCGAGUACAAACUGGUGGUGGUUGGAGCAGGUGGUGUUGGGAAAAGCGCACUGACAAUUCAGCUAAUCCAGAACCAUUUUGUGGAUGAAUAUGAUCCCACCAUAGAGGAUUCUUACCGAAAACAGGUGGUAAUAGAUGGUGAAACCUGUCUAUUGGACAUACUGGAUACAGCUGGACAAGAGGAGUACAGUGCCAUGAGAGACCAAUACAUGAGGACAGGCGAAGGCUUCCUCUGUGUAUUUGCCAUCAAUAAUAGCAAAUCAUUUGCAGAUAUUAACCUCUACAGGGAGCAGAUUAAGCGCGUAAAAGACUCAGACGAUGUACCUAUGGUGCUGGUAGGAAACAAGUGUGAUUUGCCAACAAGAACAGUUGACACAAAACAAGCCCAUGAAUUGGCCAAGAGUUAUGGAAUUCCGUUCAUUGAAACCUCAGCCAAGACCAGACAGGGUGUUGAAGAUGCUUUUUACACACUGGUAAGAGAAAUACGCCAGUACCGAAUGAAAAAACUCAACAGCAGUGAUGAUGGAACUCAAGGUUGUAUGGGGUUGCCGUGUGUGGUGAUGUAACAAGUUAUUUACAAAGUUCUGUCAUCAAAAAAAGAGCCACUUUCAAGCUGCACUGAUACCCUGGUCCUGACUUCCCUGGAGGAGAAGUAUCCUUGUUGCUCUCUUCAUCUCAGAGAAGCUCCUGCUACUUCCCCAACUCUCAGUAGAUGAACACAACAGUCUCUGCUUGAGAAUUUCUCAGAAUAACUACCUCCUCACUUGGUUGUCUGACCAGAGAAAUGCAUCUCUUUUUAUUCCCCUAAUAGUUUUCCACCCUGGGUUCUCCCCUUAGAAACAAACACACCUCCACCACCCAUGUUUUUCAUCGAAAGCCAAUUCAUGCUCUGAAACAGAGAACCAAACUAGACAUGAAAUUCUGUUGAAAACAGUUCCUUGAGCACUAAAGUAGCAACUGCUGGUGAUUUUUUUUUUUUUCUUGUUUCUUUUUACUUUGAACUUGGACCUAUUUUAGCUUUUGGAGAAAUGUCAUGAAUUAAUGUUUUGCCAAGAAUAUAAUUAAUGUUGCAGAUUGGUUUAUUUGUAAUGUUAUCAACUAUAGUCUAUAAACUGGCAUCUGCACUGUAUUCAUAAAUACUAAAGCGAAUGCUAACUUUUGAGUCGAUCCUAGUCUUCUCAACUUUCAUGAAAUUAAAUCCACCUUUCACAACAAAGUGCCUUUUUCCUAGAAGUGAUUUGUAGACUUUCUUUAUAAUACUUCACUGGAAUAGAUGUGUCAAAAACCAUUAUACCUGAAAAUGAAUAUCUAUGACCCAUCUACCUUUAAGGAAAAAAUAUACAAUAGCAGAUGCCAUUGUUUAUGUAUGUGAAGAUGGUUUUCCAGAAGCCUAUUUUGGAGCUUUCCCUGGGGAAAAAUGAAACUGGAAGCAAUUAUGGAUAAUUUUACUUAAUUUUUAUCUUGUCUCCACUUUUUUGGUAGGUUACUACCUAUAAAUGUAUGUAAUUUGUUUCUUUUAGCUUAUUGAUAAUAUCAUGUUCAAUGAACUUCCAUUUAUAUUCAUAUUUGGGUCAUACCAGAAAGCUCUACAUUUGCAGUUAUUCAUAUAUUAUAACAAUUUGGUGUGAUGUUAUUUUAUAGCUAUAAUCAGUGACUUUCAAACCUCAAAUAUAGUAUGUUAACAGAUUACAUUUUCACUGCAUAUCAUAGUCUCUUAGUGAUGUAUGUAACUGCCCUCAAUCCCCUUCUCACUCUACUCUCUGCCCCUCACCCCACAGCAAUAGGGGCUUGAUUAAUUAUUUCAGUUGAGUAAAGCAUGGUGCUAAUGGACUGGGGUCACAGUUUCUAAACUUGAACAAGCCAGGUAGCAUCACGCAGAGAAAAAUUCCACAUUUGCUCCCUGCACCAGUAACUCCAGCCAGUAGUUCUGUUGAAUGCCUGUGUUAACCCUGCAAGGAAAGAAGAGGUUAAUAAGCAUGAAUCCUCUACCAUGACUAGAAAAGUUUGGUAUUCUAAGGAGAUUCAGCUUAGAAGUUUUUAUAUUUCAACCUCCCCCCUCUUCAACUUGGAAACUAAGCCAAUAUUUUUUUCUCAUUUUUUGAGAAUGAGGGUGCCUCAAAAAAUUGUUUUUAAUUUAUAAUAUUCUCUGGGGGGUUUUAAAUAGAUGGUGAUAAAUUAGUCUGCAUAGUA